AUGGAAAAUAGAGUCGAUCUCGAUACAGUGAUUGAACUGAGACGCGUGUUUGUCUUUGGUCGAAUCCUUCUAAGGGGAUGUUACGUGGUACAUAGGGAGCUUUGCCUCGCGCACAGUCCUUGGCAAUUGACAGAAAAUUUGUCGAUUGAUCUUGUACUUGAUGUCUACAAGGAUUUGCUUUUGUUAAUGGAUUCGCGUCAAUUGAAAAUUUAUACUCAAGAUGAAAGAGCCUCGCUGGCUAUCGUCCAUACAACUCUGGCUCAAGAAGAUGAAGGAUAUAGCUACCCACGACCUAGUAAACCUUUCAUACCUGGAUCACCAGGAGGGACCAAAUCACCAACUAAUGGUGGAGGUUAUCCAGGAUCAGGCCCAUCGAAGACAACUCCAGGAAGACCGCAAGGUCCCAGUGAACCCGGACAAGGAAGACAAGAACCAGGUUAUCCAGGUUCCGGAAGACCAAGUGGACCAAGUUUCCCAGGACAAGGUCCACAAGGACCAAGUGGAUAUCCUGGGUCUGGAAGACCUUCCGGACCCAGUUUUCCAGGACAAGGUCCUCAGGGACCAAGUGAAGGAUAUCCAGGUCCAGGAAGACCGACUGGACCUGGUUUCCCAGGACAAGGUCCUCAAGGACCAAGUGGACAAAGUCCUCAAGGACCAAGUGGACCAAGCUUUCCCGGACAAGGCCCUCAAGGCCCAAGUGGAGGAUAUCCCGGUCCUGGAAGACCCACUGGACCUAGUUUUCCAGGACAAGGUCCUCAAGGACCUCAAGGACCAAGUGGACCAAGUUUCCCAGGACAAUCCCCUCAAGGACCAAGUGAAGGGUACCCUGGCUCUGGAAGACCGAGCGGACCAAGUUUCCCAAGUCAACGACCAAGUGGACCUAGCUUUCCUGGGCAAAGUCCUCAAGGACCGAGUGAAGGAUAUCCUGGUCCAGGAAGACCAAGUGGACCGAGCUUUCCUAGCCAACGACCAAGUAGUCCAAGUUUUCCCGGCCAACAACCAAGUGGGCCUAGUUUUCCUGGACAGGGUCCUCAAGGACCAAGUGGACCUAGUUUCCCUGGACAAGGUCCACAAGGACCUAGUGAAGGAUAUCCUGGACCUGGAAGACCAAGUGGACCGAGUUUCCCAAGCCAACGACCAAGUGGACCUAGUUUUCCAAGUCAACGACCAAGUGGUCCCAGUUUCCCUGGACAAUCACCUCAAGGCCCAAGUGGACCAAGUUUCCCAGGACAAUCUCCUCAAGGACCAGGUGAAGGAUAUCCUGGACCUGGGAGACCAAGUGGACCAAGUUUCCCAAGUCAACGACCAAGUAGCCCAGGCUUUCCAAGCCAACAACCAAGUGGGCCAAGUUUUCCCGGACAGAGUCCUCAAGGACCUAGUGAAGGAUACCCUGCGCCUGGAAGACCAAGUGGCCCAAGUUUCCCAAGCCAACGACCAAGUGGACCCAGCUUUCCAGGACAGAGUCCUCAGGGCCCAAGUGGACCAAGUUUCCCUGGACAAACACCGCAGGGACCUAGUGAAGGAUAUCCUGGUCCUGGAAGACCGAGUGGACCAAGCUUUCCAAGUCAACGACCAAGUGGACCCAGCUUUCCUGGACAGAGUCCUCAAGGACCAAGCGGACCAAGUUUCCCUGGACAAACCCCUCAGGGACCUAGUGAAGGUUACCCUGGACCUGGAAGGCCAAGUGGCCCAAGUUUCCCAAGCCAACGACCAAGCGGACCUAGUUUCCCCGGACAAAGUCCUCAAGGACCAAGUGGACCCAGCUUUCCCGGACAGAGCCCUCAAGGACCCAGUGGAUAUCCUGGUCCUGGAAGACCAACUGGGCCAGGCUCUCCUGGACAAGGGCCUCAAUCACCUAGUUUCCCAGGACAAUCACCUCAAGGACCAGGAUAUACAGAACCUAGAAGACCAGGACAAGGUCCAUCCGGACCGAGUUUUCCUGGUCAAGGACCUCAGGGACCUAGCGGUAAUGGCUAUCCUGGAUCAUCGCGACCAGGUGGUCAAAGACCAUCAUCUCCUGGAAGUGGUUCAGACUUUGACGGAUAUCCUAAAGAAAGGCCCUCAGUACCCUUCCCACCUUCUUCAGGACAAGGCGAUUUCUCAAAAAGACCUGGCGAAAAAACAACCGGAGGAUACCCGUCUUCACCAGGUAGUCAACCUGGUCAACCUGGAGGAUAUCCUGGAAGUGGAAGACCAAGUGGAGAACGACCCGGUUCUGGAACUGGAUCACAAGGUUAUCCUGGACAAUCUGGUAGACCUGGUCAACCUGAUCAGUCUGGUGGAUACCCAUCAGGUGGAACUAAAACACAAGGACCAGGAUAUCCAAGUAGUAGGCCUUCAACCCCAUUUCCGAGUGUUGACAGACCAGGAACGAGCGGAACCGGAUCUCAAGGUUAUCCUGGCCAAUCUGGAAGACCAAGUCAACCUGGUGGAUAUCCAAGUGGACGACCUUCAACAUCAUUUCCAGGUGGAGAAAGACCAGGUUCGGGAGGAUUUCCAUCAACCCCUGGUGGUUCAACUGACGGAAGUGGAUCUCCAGGCUAUCCAGGCAAACCUGGACGACCUGAUCAAUCUGGAGGAUAUCCAAGUGGCGGAGGUGCAACAAAGACUCCAUUCCCAGGUGGAGAAAGACCCGGAUCAGGAGGAUAUCCUGGAUCAGGCGGUCAACCUGGCGGACAAUACCCAGGAGGAGAAAGACCAGGAUCAGGAGGUUAUCCUGGAUCAAGUGGUCAACCUGGCGGACAAUAUCCAGGAGGAGAAAGACCAGGAUCAGGAGGUUAUCCUGGGUCGAGUGGACAACCUGGCGGAGAAAGGCCUGGAUCGGGAGGAUAUCCUGGAUCAAGCGGUCAACCUGGUGGACAAAGACCUGGUUCUGGAGGUUAUCCAGGAUCAAGCGGACAACCUGGUGGACAAAGGCCUGGUUCUGGAGGUUAUCCAGGAUCAAGCGGACAACCUGGUGGACAAUUUCCAGGAGGAGAAAGACCAGGCUCAGGUGGAUUUCCAGGAUCAGGUGGUCAACCCGGAGGACAAUUUCCAGGUGGAGAAAGACCUGGAUCAAGUGGUCAACCAGGUGGACAAUUUCCAGGUGGAAGCUUUCCUGGCGGAUCAUCAGGUGGUGGACAUGGUGACGAUGGUACUUACAAUGAAGGAGACUAUUCAGCAAUACCUGGUGAGCCUGGUCAGGAUUAUCCUGUUUAUGCCGAUAUUCCUGAAACUAGUUUCAGUUGCGAUUCACAACAAUUCCCCGGAUAUUAUGCUGAUGUCGACACACAAUGUCAAGUCUUCCACAUAUGCCACAAUAAUCAAACAUACGACUUCCUUUGUCCUAACGGAACGAUCUUUAAUCAAGAAUACUUUGUCUGCGUAUGGUGGAAUCAAUUCGAUUGCAACUCAGCUCCAAGUUUGUAUUACUUAAAUGAGAACCUAUACGAUUACACGAUAAUGGGACCCCAAGGACCAAUGGGACCAAUGGGGCCACUGGGUCCUCAAGGACCAGGUGGACAAGGACCAAGAGGGCCUGAUUUUCCCGGACAAGGUCCUCGAGGACCGAGUGGACCCAGCUUUCCAGGACAAGGUCCUCAAGGACCGAGUGGACCUAGUUAUCCAGGACAAGGUCCUCAAGGACCAAGUGGACCUAGUUUUCCAGGACAAGGUCCUCAAGGACCGAGUGGGCCUAGUUAUCCAGGACAAGGUCCUCAAGGACCUCAAGGACCAAGUGGACCUAGUUUUCCAGGACAAGGUCCUCAAGGACCUAGUAGACCCGGUUUCCCUGGUCAAGGUCCUCAGGGACCAAGUGGACCCAGUUUCCCAGGACAAGCUCCAUACCCAGGUUCUGGAAGACCUAGUGGACCCAGUUUUCCAGGACAGGGUCCUCAAGGACCAAGUGGACCCAGUUUCCCAGGACAAAGUCCUCAAGGACCAAGCGGACCAAGUUUCCCCGGUCAAAGUCCGCAAGGACCAGGUGGAUAUCCAGGAGCCGGAAGACCAAGUGGACCCAGCUUCCCAGGACAAGGACCUACAGACAGACCUUUCCCACCUGAGGGACCCGCAAAACCAGAUCGUGAAUAUCUACCGCCACUCGCUGGCUAAUUAUUCGCCAUUACUAACAAAAACUAAAUUCAAUCACAUCUUGACGUCAUCUAAUUUCAAUUAUUUCAUUCUGGACAACAAAACACUCGUGAUACUAUUAUCAUGCAUUGAUAUUUUAUUCUUCGGAAGAUAUUCCUGACU